AUGAGGAUUUUGGAUGGUAAUGAAGUGUCAUGUUUUUUUAACCACUUAACUUAUUUUCUGGCUGCUGGUGCUGUUACUUUGGGAAUUGGUUUCUUUGCUUUGGCAUCAGCUUUGUGGUUCCUGAUUUGCAAACGAAGAGAAAUAUUUCGAAAUUCCAAAUUUAAAGCAAUUGAUGAGAGAUGCAGGCAAAGAUCAUCAAAGGGAAAGAUUAAACCUCAUUCUCAUUGUGUCUUUAUUUCUCGAAAUUUUCAUACUGGAGGAUUCCUAUCACAGGAGGAGCAAAGAAAAAAGGAAACAGCACAUAUAAAAGCAAUUAAAGAUCACUCUAAAGACGAAUUCUGCCUUGCAACGCAGAAGGUCAUUUGUGACCCCUCAGAGACUAGCUUGGCAACACAUCCCAGCAGUGUUACCUUAACCUUAUCACCACUACCAUCUAAUUCUUAUCACAGCCAAAGUAUAGAAGCAGCUGAUGACUGGUUUUUUGAUGAUACUCUAGCAAAAAAGAACUCUCCAAUGCCUUUUCUCAGGGAACCUCUACUGGAAAAAGUAUUUUCAUACCUGUCAACAAUUUCCUUAGAAGACUGUACUGAAAAUGUACUGAAUAUGGCACUUUAUGAUGAUCAGAAAGAUGACAGCAUUAAGGAAAUAUUUUCACGAAGAAAUGCAGAGGUUGAAAUACAAAACCUUCAACAUAAUAUUGAAUGACUUUUUUCUUUUGAAACAUUGUAUACACUGAAAUCAUGGAAAGUUAAAACUGAAUCACCAGCUUCUGAGUCUCUUAACAUGUCCAUACUAAUAUUACUUGUUCUUUACCUUAGAGUGGUCCUACUUCCCUUGCCAUUUCUUAUUUCUAGAAACAAAAUUACAGGAAGCAGUAGAGUGACAUUAUGAAUAUUAAGUUUAACUCCUUGUAUUUCAUCAAAGGACAUAAUAAAUAAUAUGAAUAUAUUUCAACAUACAAGAGAAAUACUUUAAAAAACCUUCAGCAUAAAUAGAUUUUUGAAUAAAAUAUUCACAACAUUGCCUUAUACUUUUGACAUUUUCAAUUUUACUUCCAUGUGGGUAGGACUGGGCAGAAUACUUCCAUCAGCUUUUCUGAAUUUUAAAUACAUAAAUCUCUUAACAUUCAAAUUUUAUUUUGUCAUGAUUUUGGUAAACAAUAUAAUUUUGCUCUUCUAGGGGAGCCUGGAAACUGAAGAAUCCAGAAAAUAAUUUUCUUUGCCCCUUCCUAUGUCCGUUUCUCAGAAUGGUUUCCCAAUCCUUACUCCACUAUGAUGGAAAUGUGGCCAGCUAUUUUCCUAAACUGCUGAUUCAAGCUAGAUGAAUCAGAAUUCUCACUAAUCUGAGAGAUCCUUCUUUUUUUUUUUUUUAAACAUAUCUUUAUCAUUUUAUUAGGAAUAAUUCUAAGUGGGUAAUGCAGAAAAUUUACUGAGUUUAAUGAGUUUUCCAAAACCUCUUAAUGAAAAUAAUCUGAGAGACCCUUGGUCAGAUUUCUAUGUUUAGUCCUGAGGGAUUUCUGAAAUCAUCCACCAUGUAAUUAAUCUUUUUUCCCUUUCUCCUAAAUA